CCGGAAACAGUCACGUGCCAGUGGCCUACAGGAGGGGAUUCUGGGCAUUAGCCUCCGGCCGGUUUGCGCAGGUGCGCGGGGAGCGCAGGUGACGUCACCCGCUUCCCGAGGGAGCCUCGUUAGUUCGUGCGUUCGUUCGUUCGUUCGUUCGUUCCCUCGGCGGUUCAGCCGAAGUCCAGGCCGGGGAACCAUGGAGGCCACAGAUCGAGGCGCAGGCGGUGGGGCCGGCGGUCCCGAGGGUCAGCGUGGCCCGGGAGACCCCGGUGUCCCAGAUGGCCCCGGAGGCCACGAGGGCCCCGGCGGUGGAGGUGGUGAGGGAGAGGAGUGUGCCGCGGCCGGUGCGGCCCCGCGGGUCGCGCAGGCGCCAUGUGCUCCCGUCCCGGGCGCAGCUGCCGUGCCAGGGCUUGGCGGACACCCUUUGCCGGGACCCCGUGGGCACAGCGGGCCCACAGCCGGAGGGCCGGGGAGCCAGCCGCUGCAGUUCUACCAGCUACGUCACCAUGCCUUUCCCGUCACCCACGGAGGCACAGGUGGCCCACCAGUGUCUGGCAACACAGGGCCAGCCCCAGGUCGGGGCAGUUCGGAAGGAGUUCACGACGACUGACUGCCGAAGACCCUGGCCAACUCCAGGUUUCCAUCGCCUCCUGUCUUGACCAGCUUUCCCUGUUGGUUUGGACCAUGCAGCGCUUCGUGCCCCCGUUUUUCACAUUGCCGGAGCCAGGCAAAAGGGGCUAAUUGUAACCUAGCGUCCCUUCCUUCCCUAGGGCGUCCAUUCCGAUGCUGGUUGCCGCUUUAUUACGGGGGUCUAAUUGUUCGUAUUGGACUUUGGGCCUUGUUUUUCCCCAUUGCUGGAGGAGGGGCGUUCUUACAGCAGAAAAUAAAACUAUUUUUCCGCA